AGCCCCCGGCGCCCGGGAGUUGGGGCGGCUCGGCAGAGGCUCGGUCCCCGCGAGAGGACUGGGAGGCUCCGGGCUGCGGACGGAAGUGCAGCCGGGGGACCCGAGACCUGCUGCCUUCCGAGCGAGCGCCUGCUCUAUUUGCUUGGGGUGGGAGGAGUAAUUGCUUUAUGAUAGCAGUUAGGGACCAUUUGUGAUUCUUAAAAAACAGUUUGUCAAGUUGCUCCUCUCCUGGUUUUUGUUUGGGUGAGAAAAAGUCACGGAAGCUGGAAGACGCUGUGAACAAGUUGAAAUCAUCACAGAAGGAUAAAGUUCGUCAGUUUAUGAUCUUCACCCAAUCUAGUGAGAAAACUGCAGUAAGUUGUCUUUCUCAAAAUGACUGGAAGUUAGAUGUUGCAACAGAUAAUUUUUUUCAAAAUCCAGAACUUUAUAUACGGGAGAGUGUAAAAGGAUCGCUGGACAGGAAGAAGUUAGAACAACUGUACAAUAGAUACAAAGAUCCUCAAGAUGAAAAUAAAAUUGGAAUAGAUGGUAUACAGCAGUUCUGUGAUGAUCUGGCUCUCGAUCCAGCCAGCAUUAGUGUGCUGAUCAUUGCAUGGAAGUUCAGGGCAGCCACACAGUGUGAGUUCUCCAAACAGGAGUUCAUGGAUGGCAUGACAGAAUUAGGAUGUGACAGCAUAGAAAAACUAAAGGCCCAAAUACCCAAGAUGGAACAAGAAUUGAAAGAACCAGGACGAUUUAAGGAUUUUUACCAGUUUACUUUUAAUUUUGCAAAGAAUCCAGGACAAAAAGGAUUAGAUCUAGAAAUGGCCAUUGCUUAUUGGAACUUAGUGCUUAAUGGAAGAUUUAAAUUCUUAGACUUAUGGAAUAAAUUUUUGUUGGAACAUCAUAAACGAUCAAUACCCAAAGACACGUGGAAUCUUCUCUUAGACUUCAGUUCAAUGAUUGCAGACGACAUGUCCAAUUACGAUGAAGAAGGAGCAUGGCCUGUUCUUAUUGAUGACUUUGUGGAAUUUGCACGCCCUCAAAUUGCUGGGACAAAAAGUACAACAGUGUAGCACUAAAGGAACUUUCUAGAAUGUACAUAGUCUGUACAAUAAAUACAACGGAAAAAUGCACAGUCAAUUUCUGCUGGCUGGACUGAAGAUCAAUCCUCACCGUUCAGGCUGAGGGUUGAGACAAAACUUUAAGGAUACAUCUUGGACCAUAUCGUGCUCCAUUCUUCUACUGGUGGUUUGGGCUUGUCUUCUAGUCUGGACCACUCUAAACAUUGAUAAUUCCAACAUUGUGGAUUUCAUCUUAUACCUGUGGACCAUCCUAGCCUGUCUUCCCAUAAGUCAUAGAAGCUUGAUGGUGAUUAUUUUGAGGUUUCCAUUCUUGCAUAAAGCACAAUGCUGUCUUCAUCAGAAAACAGUUUGGCAUAAGAAUUAAACAUAAUAAUGAACACCACAAACAAUUUAUAAAAACUUCUUAAGUAUAUGCUUUGGGCUAGUUGCAAAGACUAUGCUGGUAGCACUUCUAAUGAGAGUGAUUUAUCUGAGUGUACCGGAUCUGGAAUGGCAUUUGAUUGAUUUGGGGGAGUUUACUUUUCCUGGAGAACCACACGUACUGUUUAUAUGAGUAGAAUAUCUGAUGAAAGAAAUGUCAAAAUAACCAACACAUGAGAA